AUGGAGGCCCCCUUGGAUGUUCCCAUAGGGAACCUCAUUGACUUCGACGCCGAAACACCCACCUGCAUCCCCUCGGAGCCCUCUCCCUCCGCUGCCCCCAGCGGCAAUGGGCACUUGGGGGACACAGGGGACACGGCUGGGGAGGAGAGCGAUGCCACCGAGUCGGCGGACAGCGAGAACGACAUGGGCGACUCUCCGAGCUCCCGCCCCCCCUCCUCCAACGAGUCCUUCUCCUCCAGCCAGAGCACCGAGUCGGCGCGGGAUGAGGCCACGGCCGAGCGCCGGGACUUCAUGCGGCAUUACGUGGAGAAGAUCUUCACUGGGGGGGAGGAUUUGGACCAAGAAGAGAAGGCCAGGUUUGGGGAGCUCUGCAGCGGUGAGAACGGGAAGGGCAGGGAAUGGUUUGCGAGAUACGUGAGCGCCCAGCGCUGCAACUCCAAGUGCGUCUCGGAGCAGACCUUCUACCGCCUGGUGCAGUCGUUUGCCCUCGUGCUCUUUGAGUGUCACCAGAUGGAUGACUUCAGCCCUGCCAAGAACCUCAUGACCAUGUGUUUCACCUACUACUACGAGGGCAAGGCCCACACGUUGCCCUUGGAGGCCAAGGAGAAGCCGGUGGGCAGCAUCGACUCGUACCUGAAGUCAGCCAACAGCUGGCUGGCGGAGAAGAAGGACAUCGCUGAGCGGCUGCUGAAGAACACAUCUGCCAAGACGGAGAACGUCAAGGGCUUUUUUGGAGGCCUGGAGACCAAACUGAAGGGUCCUGCCACCAAAAAGAGCGACGAAGGUGAGGACAAACCAAAGGAGAAGCUGAAGAAGACGGUUUCUGUGCAGAGCCCGGAGGAGGAGAAGAAAGGAGAGAAGGUCUACCUCUACAUGCACCUCAAGCAGCAGCCCAUCUGGCACAACCUGCGGUUUUGGAACGCCGCCUUCUUCGACGCCGUGCACUGCGAGCGCAGGAAGCGGUCCCCAACCACCAGAGGGAACACUGGGGAGGAAGAGGAGAAGAGGGAGAAGUGGUGCCACAUGACGCAGGAGGAGCGCGACGACAGCCUGCGCUUCAACGAGAACAUCACCUUCGGGCAGCUGGGCACCUUCAUUCACAACAUGCUGGCCUUCGGCCUCAACAAGAAGCUCUGCAGCGACUUCCUGAAGAAGCAGGCGACCAUCGGCAAUUUGGAUGAAGAGCAAUACAAGCUGCUCAGCGACCACAUCGAGCAGAUGGCCACCGAGUAG